CACUUUCAAACAUUCCAACAAUGGCAUCGCGAGAGCUUACGGCUGGGGAAGAAUGUCAGCAAGCAGCAAAGACCUUGAGUGCAUUUACAGACCAAAGACAAGAGUCGGCUAUUCCGCCUACAUAUGUCAUGAGCGCUAUGGGCGUCGCGAUCAUUCGAGGAAAUAAAGGCGUUGCUGUAUUGAGACUAAAAAACGGAGAAUGGUCUGCGCCGUGUGCUAUUGAACUGGAAAAUCAAGGUGGAACAAUACAGCCGGGUCAAGAGACAGUUCUUCUUUUCAUGACGGAGAAUGCGGUCCUCAAGCUUGUGUCGCGCGCUCUUUUGCGCUUGGGAAUCACAGACAACUUUCGGCCGGGCCCACUUCGUGGGAACCAACCCAUUGACGCCUCGGUAGACGUGUAUGGAUGGGUCCGUUUUAAUGGAGGAUUUACGCCUCCAGAGCUUAUUGCGAGUAAUAUGGUAGCUUGGUUCGUUCGAGAGGAUCCUCCGCGACACGGACGAUGGCAUGGGGAGAGCGUCACUUGGUUUGAUGUCUUGACGAACAAAAUUACUGUAGAUCGGAGCUCUGUUGGAAAUGCUCUUUACGUUGUUCUGAAUCUGGCUGCUGGAAGUACUGGAGCAGUGGAUCUUAAAAGAAAGAACUUCGCCAACGUGGACUCGUUGACUGGCAUCGCCCCUUCAAUCACGAAUACGCGGUCGAACGCACAGCAAACCCAAAACCCCGCAGCCAGCGCUAAUGUCGGAGGAUUACAAAGCAGCGGCUAUUCAAAUCCCAACUUGAUGAACAAUGCAUACAUGCAGCAACAGCAACAACAGCUCCUUCAACAGCAGCAGCUAGCCCAACAGCAAAUGUACCUACAGCAACAACAGCAACUGCAAUAUCAGCAACAACUCCUCGAGCAGAAUCAGCUCGCAGGUUUCCAACAACAACCUCAACAGCAGGCUUACUACGGGAUGACCACUCAAGCGCCAGUAGCUUAUGGUGGAGGCCAGUUCUCGUACGAACAGGCGUUACAACAGCAAGCGCUAGCCCAUCAGCAAUAUGUACAGCAAAUGCAACAACAGCAGAACAUGGGAGGGAGUAUGCACAACAUGAAUCCGUCCCAAUGGAAUCAAUAGGAGAGGAGCAUCCGGCUGUCUUGUCCGCGGCCAGCAGAGAAAUAGAAGUUUUUGUAUAUACGCUGAGGUGUGAGUGAUCCUACACUAUGAAUACGAAUUGAAUGAAUGACCA